AGCGACUCGUAACGAGAGCUUGGAAACGCGUGCUGUGAUAUUAUUUUUGUUUCGUAAUAGUUUUUUAUCUUUUAUACCUUUAUUUAAAAUGAUGAUCCUAUCAGUAUUAGUCAUCGCUGUCACUUUCAGCCAGUUAGAAUGUAGGAGAAUAAUGGACGAUCUCAGUAACGAAGUGAGCAUUAACCCAGAAGAAAAUUUUGGCUAUUCGUCACGCGAAUGGGUAAAGAUCAGUAAACCUCCAGUGGCAGUAAUGAGCAAAAAAGUCGGCCAACACAUGGAAUUGCAUUGCGAAGCGAUGGGUUCCCCGCCUCCGACUAUAGAAUGGUACAAAGCGAAUAGGAAGAUAACAGAAAAUGGGGCUUUCGAGACUAAUGUCUUAACGAGGAGUCCAGCUCUAGCUGAGGUCUCUUCUAGAUUAGUUGUAAACUAUUUACUUCCCAGGCAUCAAGAUGUAUAUAGAUGUGUGGCUGAAUCUGGUACCAAAGUGGACACCGCUCCAACCAAGUUAUUAGUUACCGACGGUAGAGAAAUGAAUUUCACGCAGUUACUUAGCGCAAAGAUUCUUGGAGCACACCAUCUUCCCAGAGUUACUUUCUGGGCCAGUACUUACAUGGAAGUAAUCGGAAACGAUCUUGUUCUUCCUUGUAAGUAUGUGGGUAACCCAAAACCGAGGGUAAUCUGGAUGGACCCUUACAGCAAAGUUAUUGAAAAUAACGAAAAAUAUUCAGUAUCUCAAGACGGCGAACUUAGAAUAAGAUCUAUAGAAUGGUCGGAUAUGGGUCAAUACGUAUGUGCAUUGGAAAAUUCUGUAGGAGAAGAUUCUAUAGAGACUUUUUUAUACCCAAUGCAGGGUUCGAAGUAGCCAAACGUACAAAGGGGUUCCACGAUUCUGAUUCUAGUCAAAAGUCACAACAUCUUGCGCCCUUUAUGAAUGCGCCGAUCUGAAUAUUUUUUUAAAUUAAUUUAUUAAUGUAGUAUUUAUAAAGUAGGUAUUAGUAGUUUAAUAAAUUAUGUACUUAUUUAUAUUGAUAUAUAAAACUGAAAAUUUGAAAAAAU